GCUUCCAAAUUCUCAAUGCAUGGCCAGGGGUUAUUACUAUUUAGCUUUCUUUUUCAAUGCAAUGUUGAAUGGUACACACAUGUAACUGUUCAUUAACAGAUCAUGUGUUCAAAUCAUGAUUGGCUCAGAGUCCAGAUGGGGAAUGGAGCAAGCGCCGGCCGUCGAAAUGACAUCUUGGGGGAUGUGCACACUCCUUGUCCUUGCAGUCCCGAGCUCCAGAAGCCACUGUGCGGAGAAUGGGUGACGGUGCAAUGUCCAGACGCCGGCGGUGGAGUGGCGCAGGGGGACACAGACAACAUGAGAGGAUUAAAGAGGCGCAGAAGACCUGAGUACUCCUGCGCUAAAAUGAACCUGUAUUCUGUCCCCCCUGAGGUGCUUGGCAUGCGGGACUUAAGAAUGCUGGACAUGUCUUGGAACAACAUAUCAAGACGACAAGUGGAUAGGAAGACGACGAUGGACAGACGGGACAGCUCCGUCGGACAGCAAAGACGAGUGAUGGAUUUCUCCAUUCCUGAUCUGCCCCUGUCCGGCCAUCGACCCGCCGCAUAUGACCCGUCCUUGUACAGUCAUCUUCCACCGCACGAGCAGCCGUUGCCGCCGGAUCCGGAGGACGCCUGGGUUAAGGAUCUGUCGCACACACUUCCUCUGGGGAGUGGAUCUACGCAGGAGUGGACGAGCAGGCAGUGCCAGCAGAGGGAAGCAGGGACCACGCGCGAGUCGUUCACCGCAUUGCUGGAGGAAGGUGUCGACGACGCCGACACGGAGCUUGUGGACUUGGAUUUCGGACUGUGCAGCGGGAGUGGUGCAAGUGGUCCGAUCCACGGCGGGGAGGUGGUGGGAGCGCCAACGUUCGGAGGAGGAUCGUCCCGUGUCGAUGGGCCGACGAAUGGGUGUCGUCCACUGGUCUCGAGUUCCAUGGGCGCCGGGCCACUUGGUGAGUCGUCAAGGGCAGUGACACCCACCUGCCCCUCGGUGUCUUCGCCUGCAAUGCGGCAGAGGGCGACCGCAAGUGCUGCAAUCAAUGAUGGGACUCCACCAGAAGACAUCGGGAGGCAGGCGUGGGAGAACUGCCGCCAACAGAUGCGGCGUGCUGCCGCGAAGAACAUAACCACCGUUGUGUCCACGCUGCGUGUGGGGAGCGACGUGGAUGCGGACAACAGUCGUCAGGCGAGUGGGGACGAGUCUCCGUAUUCCCGUUACGAAGACGACGCGGAAGACGGUGAGGGGCUGGAGAUCCGACCCGUGGCUGCACGUGGUGGGCGGAGGGGAGGACGCGGACGUCAGCGGAGGGACGGGUCGCGUGGUGGUCGAGGAUCGAAGGCUCCUGUGGGCGACAAGGGUGGCAAGCACCCAGCUUGGAGUGUCGAGGAGAUGUUGAAGCUCGCUCGAGCGAAGCGGGAUCAGCAAGCUCAUUUCGAGGGAAUGCCGCACAACUACGGCCGCAUGCGCAACAGGGAGUGGAAACUGCUGGACCUACAGAAGCGGCUGGCGGAGGUCGGAGUGAGCAGGGCAACGAACGACAUCGGGAAGAAGUGGGAUAACGUCUUCCAACAGUACAGGAAGGUGCAGCGUUACCAGAACAUGUCCGGUGGGAAGAACUUCUUCACAUUAACUCCUGCAACGAGAGCGGACGAGGGCUUCAACUUCGGAAUGGAUGAGCGAGUCUUCAAUGAGAUCGACAACAUGUCGAAAAAUAACAAGACUAUCUACCCGGACAACGUGGCAGACACGAGUGCCCGCGGAGGAGUGCUGCCAGCAAUGGAUGGUCACCGCCAGGCGGCCGUUGGUGGAGAGUCCUCUGCUGGUGGAGAGGGGGGUGAUGGCGUCGACGAAGAUGUGGGUUCAGCGCGGGAGUUGGGGUUCAGUGCAGGGAGCACGAGCACUCCAGCGAAGAGGACGAACAUGCGGCAGCAGACCUUCAACGCCAUCACCGAAGUCAUGGACAAACACGGUGGAUUGAUGGCGGACACGGUAGAGGGUGCGAGCAAACGACAGGAUAGCAUCUUGGAGCGACAGUGUGACAUCCUGGACCGGGAGGUUGAAGCCCAAACGCGGCAGUGUGACAUACUGGAGAGGCAUUACACAGCGUCCGAUGAGGUGAACAGGAUGAUGUGCACGGCGGCAGGGCCGUCCAUUCCCCGGACCGCACUGACCCUUGGUAUUUGGGGUGGUCUGCCCGCAUGCGGAAUGGGUGAUCGUCGCUGCCGUCGCGUGGAGGGGUGUGGUGGAGGCCGUCUGGGUGGGAUCCGCGCGCCGAGGGAGGGGAAAUGUCACCGCAAGCACUAUAAAGGUCCGUGCGAGCGCUAUCUUGUCCUUGUCUUUUGGUUCUCGACUGCACGCAAGGCCACGCGUGGGGUUUCCGUUGUGCUGCGCGGGGAGCUGAACAUCGCCCGUGCAAGACGAUCCCUGGCGACUUCCUCUCAAGCGCUGUGGCAGUCCGCUUUCGUUCACGGGGCGUGCGCAUCUGACCGUCAACGAAUGGCGCCACGUCGCCAGCAGAAGCCGAAACGUCCACACGGUGGUUCCGGCGAAGCAGGUGCAGGGCAAACAGGAAGGGGCCACGUCCCAAAGUCGAAGAAGCUCCACGCGGGCGACGGGUCGAAAGGCGAGAUGGGGGGUGACGAGGGAGAGGAGGUGACGCCUAUGGACAUCACUUCUGCAGGGACGCCUGCGCUCGGGUUCGGGCGAGACGGAGUGAGCAGGCAGCGUAUGCUUGCGCUCACCAACCUUGGCGUCCUCACGUCCACGCGCGGUGGCGGUGGCGGGACGGCUCGUCCGCAAGGAGUUCUGUCCGGUGACAUUCCGCCACAGAGGGCCAUGGGUUCUGCAUCUACCAUCGCAUCCGUGUCCGAGCCCGACGAUAAAGCUCCGGUUGGUGAGUCUCCAUCGCGCCACGUGGAGGCGUCGAACCCGAAGAUCGUCGGCGCUUCGCCGAGGGCUGUGCUUCAAUCCGCGCAAGCGGCGAGCGCCGCUGGCCAUGCCGCCGCCCUCGGUAUUGGAGAAAGGCGAGAAGAUCGAAGGGUGGAAGAGGCGGGGAGAAAACAGGAGAGGAGGGAGGAGAGUCCGCGUGGGGAAGAAGAGGACGACCAGCCUUUGGGCGCGAGGAAGAAAAGGUCCCGCCUGGAGGAGGAGUUGGAGGUGAAAUCGAAGCUGUGGGUAGACGGCAAAGCAUUCUGGGCAACCGGCCCCGGACGGAUGAUCGCGGACGUGGUGCAUUCCUACGCGGACUACUUCUGCGCGAUCGUCAAUGGAGAUGCAGGCGCCAGCGCUCCGCAAGGCCUCAUGAUGUCGCCCCCCGAAGUCCCGCGCGUGCGGAUCGAAGAUGGCGCGCAACGAGAGCCAGCUCUCAGACGGGCGAGACGAACGGAGAACGUGGCAAUGCGCGUCAUCCACGGGUGGAUAUUCAGGUCGUCUUCAAGGUCCGAUGGUUUCGCCCUCGUGGAGUCCUACGUCGCCACAGAUUACCCCACCGACCUGGCGAGAGCAGUUUGGCAGAGCUUGGAGUGGUCGAGGACAGUGUCGCCCACCGUAGUUUACCACACGGUCGCUUUGAAGAUGGACAUCCCAUUGUGGUCCGCCGGGGUGUAUAUCGAGAACAGGCCGGAGGACGAUGACAUGGCCGCGCACCAAGAGGCGACUGUGAUGCAUCUUGCGUCAUGCUUCCACGACGCGCUCCGGGCCGGGCAGUGGUGGGACGGCGGCGAUGAUGAGCGCUCCUACGAGGAGGCGUCUUACUACGCGCAGCUGGUGGCGAAGCCGACUCUGGUGGCGGCGUGUUCAUCGUCCUUCAACUGGCGCCGCCAUGUGAUGCACUCGGCGAACGCGGUCUUAAGUCGCCUGCGGAAGCCACCAUUGACGUUGGGCGCUUUCCCUGACUACAGCCCAGAGUGGGCUUCGUGCGGAGUGCGGUACAACUGCAACGCUGGUCUGGCGGACCUCGAUGUCGCGGCGAGAAUGGACUGGAUGGAGACGGGACCUUUUGAAGGCGAUCGGAAGGUGGACAGUACAAAAGACGAAACGGGAGCGUAAAUGUCCUCGAUAUGGCCGUCUUGAGUGACAAGGAAGAAAGUAUCGCCCGUGGAGUGAAGCGGUCCGUCAUUAAGGUUU